AUGGUCGCGUCAUGCCUCGUCAGUCUCGUUCUAUGCAAACACCAUCUCCUCAUCCCGUCGCGUUUCCCCUCGCGCCCUCCGACUGACUUUUCCCAUACCGCCCUUCUUGUUCCGACCCCCUCCCACUCUUCCCCCGCCACACCGUGUCCCCGUUGCGCGCGCGCAGAGAGCAAGAGCAAGCGCGUGACGCUGCGGCAGAAGUACAAAGUCAUCCGCAAGGUGAAGGAGCACGCCAAGAAGAAGCUCAAGGAGGCCAAGAAGGCGCGCCGCGACGGCGUCGCGCCGAGGCGGCGCGUGGAGAAGGACCCGGGCAUCCCCAACGACUGGCCGUUCCGCGAAGAGGAGCUCGCGGCGCUCGAGGCGCGGCGGCAGCGCGGGCUGGAGGAACGCGAGGCGAAGAAGGCGGAGAAGAAGGAGCGGGUGCGUGCGGGGGGAAGGGGGAUGGGUGCGCGAGCGGGGACAGAGAGCCAAGGAAUGUCAAAUUCUCCUUUCUACGCCCAUUCUCCCCGCCAGCGCGCACCCCGCAUUGCCCCUUUCGUCCGACACCCCUCGCUCGUUGCCGCGAGGCGGCGCCGCGCGGGGCUGCCGGAGGAGGGGCCGCUGCCGGGCGCCGAAGGCGCGGAGGAUGAGGAAGACGCGGAGAUGGGGGGUGAGGGGGAGGAGGAGGGGCAGGAAAGUGGGCGCGUGACUAGCGGGGCGGCGAUGGCGGGGAUGGUGAAGGGGGCGAUGGAGAGGGGCGCGGAGUUUGAGAAGCGGAAGAGAGAGCGGGAGGAGGCGGCGGAGGGGCAAGCGGGCAAGGGGAAAGCGGGAGGGCAGCGGGCGUUUAUGCGCGAGUUGCGCGCGGUGGUUGAGGCGGCGGAUGUGGUUCUGCUCGUGCUCGACGCGCGCGACCCGCUGGGCGGCCGCUGCCGCCAGCUGGAGGACAUGGUGGCGCGCAGCGGCGCGCACAAGCGCAUCGUGCUGCUGCUCAACAAAAUCGACCUGGUGCCGCGCGACGUGGUGCAGCGCUGGCUGGCGUACUUCCGCCGCGAGCUGCCCGCCGUGGCCUUCAAGGCCUCCACGCAGGCGCAGCGCGCGCACCUCGCGCGCGCCUCCCGACCCUCCCGCGCCGACCCUAACCGCGCCGCCGCGCCGCAGCCGCUGCUGCCGCGCGGGGAGGGGGAGGAGGCGGGGGGCGCGGCGGGCGCGGAGGGCAGCGAGUGCUUCGGCGCGGAUACUCUCAUCCAGCUGCUCAAGAACUACUGCCGCAACAAAGACAUCAAGACGGCGAUCAGGGUGGGAGUGGUGGGCCUCCCGAACGUGGGCAAGAGCAGUGUGAUCAACUCGCUCAAGCGCGCGCGCGUGGCCAAGGCGGGCGCCACGGCAGGCGUGACGCGCGCGCUGCAGGAGGUGCAGCUGGACAAACUCGUUCGCCUCAUUGACUCGCCGGGGGUCGUGCUGUCGGGGGGAGGGGGAGGGGGGAGAGGCGGAGGGGGAGGCGGAGGGGGGAAGGACGACGAGGCUGCUGCUGCGCUGCGCAAUGCCAUCCGCCCCGAGGCGCUGCUCGACCCCUUUGCACCGGGUACCACCGCAUUCCACCCCACCGUCAACUUUUCCCCUGUGUCCUGCCUCCCCCUUGCUCUGCCUCGUCCCUGCCAAUCUGGGCCCUCAGUGCCUCAUCCACCUCCCUGCGCCAUGGAGCGCAUACUACAGCUGUGCCCGCGGGCGCACCUAAACGCCGUCUACGGCCUCGACGAGACCGCCGCCUACAAGGACGGGGCGGGCGGCCCCGUGGACAGCUUCCUUCGGCAGGUAGCGCAGAAGCGCGGGCGGCUGAAGAAGGGCGGCGUGCCGGACACACUUGCUGCUGCGCGCAUUGUGCUGCGCGAGUGGAAUGAAGGGCGCAUCCCGUACUACACACUGCCGCCGUCACCUGCGUCGGAGGCGGUGGAGGGGGCGGAGGAGCACGAGGAGGGGGCGGCGCUGGUGGGCGCGUGGGGGGGCGAGUUCGGCGCACACGAGGUGCUGGCCAGCGAGCAGCGCGCCUGGCAGGCCCACCAGGGGGGCGCCCUCGCCCCGCCUGCUGGGGGAGGUGGUGGUGGUGCGGCGGGGCAUGCGGUGCUGCCUGCUAGCGCGCCGGCCACCAUGAUGGUCACAGAUGAGGUGCAUGGUGGUGGCGGUGGUGAUGGUGGUGAUGGUGGUGAUGGUGGUGAUGGUGGUGGCGCUCGUGAUGAUGGUGCUUGUGUUGAAGAGGGAGAGGAAGAAGACGAGGAGGAAGAGGCGGCAGAGGCGGGCGGCAUGCACGUGGACGACGUGGAUGCGGUGGCGGCAGCGGAGAGGGCAGGUGUGAUGCGGGGGAGGGAGUAUCUGCGGCAGAACGAGGUGCUGUAUGAAGCAGCAGGCAUCCUCAACCCGCAUCAGCGCCGCGCCGACAAGAAGCGCCGCAAGAAGCAGCAGCACCUGGGGGGGGAGGGGGGGGGGGGAGGAGGGCGGUGUGGGGAGCACACGGGGGAAGGGCAAGGGCGGGGCGGCGGGUAA